AAAAAAGCAUGAAGCCCAUUUCUGUUGAAAUUAAGCAAAACACUGAAUAUAUUUUUCGUGAUAACUCUCAAUAUAGUGACGUUAGUAAGCGUACAGGUGUCUCAGUUGCAACGAUUAGUCGCAUUUCGAAAGAAAUCGGCAUUACUCGAAAUGCCCUGUUGUGGUUUAGUAUACAAAAUAAGGGUUAAUAACGUAAGAGUAUUUAUAUAUUUCGUGGUUAUUGAUGAUAAGUAAUAAGAAGAUAAAAAUAUAACAAAUUGUAUUCGAUAAUACAAUUAUAGAAUGAUCGCUAAGAGUUAUAAUUAUAGAUAUAGAUAUAGAUUCAUGUCUUUUGUAUGUAUUUAUUUUUAUAACUAGUACGUGUAUUCUGAGUAGAAUCAAUUAUUACGCGUAUUUGUAUUAUUCUUAGUUUACCCC